AAUUAGGUACUAUCCAGGCCUAGAAAGCUCAAAACCGCCAAGCUAACCGCAAUCUGCUCUGAACGUUGAACUUUGUGUCAAAUGCGCAGAUCGGGUAAGCAACGCAAGGCCGAGCUGCAGCUGAAGCGUGCCGUCAAACGUGGUGACGUAGCCCCACCUGAAGCACAACCGCGCAGGAAGAAUUUCAGGAGACCUCCGAAACUCGGCCAUUCACUUGACGCUAGGCUUUUAGCAGAUGACGCAUCUAGGGCCGCAAGGAAGCUUCAAUCACAAUUCGUCAAGAUUGAUCCUGUCUUCCUGGAGACCACGAAGCACUUGGCUGCUACCUUGCCCUUGACGAGGCCUAUAUCUGCUGAUGUAUGCCUCCUCGGUGUUGAUCAUGCACAGUUUGGCACCGAUCCCGUAAACGAUCAGCUUAAUGUCCCGAGGAGACCGAAGUGGAAGUACACCAUGUCAAAAGAUGACGUAGAUGCCAAUGAGCAAGGCUGUUUUCGCAGAUGGAUGACUCAAACAGACGCCAUGGUGGAACGUUGGCACAAUCAAAACAAUCAGCCAGAUGCAUCGGGCACUGAUCUAGCGUCGGCUGGCCCAAGUAUUCCUGAUACUACUGUUCAAGAAAGAAUGCCUUGUCCUCCCACCCAUUUCGAGCGCAAUCUCGAAGUUUGGAGACAACUCUGGCGAGUAACAGAAAUAUCUCAAAUCCUUCUUUGUCUUUUGGACUCUAGAUGUCCACCGCUCCACUUCCCGCCUUCGCUCGAGUCCUAUUUAACCUCUCGAAGAGCGAAAGUCAUUCUCGUUCUCACAAAAGUCGAUAUCGCAGGUCCAGAAAGAGCUGAGGCAUGGACUGCAUAUCUUCGGAAGCGGCACCCAGGACUACCCAUCGUCCAAGUUGAGGCGUAUCAGCAAAAAGUUGGCGAGCAAGGACGUCCAGUCUAUGAAUCGCACCUCCCCCUUCCCUUCAGAGAACGUUUGGUUAGCGCCAUGCGUCAAGUGCAUGAAGAAAUGUUCAUCCCCCCUGAACGGGUGCGCUCGGAUGAGGCCAAGCUUAAGCGCUGGAAUCCUCCAGUCAAGCGCGAGAUUGAUUGGAAUGGCUUGCUGCAUGCCCAUGGCAAGAAAGUAGGGAGUGUCGUCGGAGGCGCAGCUAUGCCAAAGGGAAAAGGCAAAGAGGAUACCGCAGAUGACGCCCAAGAACCAGAACAGGAAGCUAGUGAUAGUGAAGGACAAUUAGAAUGGCAAGAGCCAGAAUUUCUGACUGUCGGUUUGAUCGGUCAACCGAACGUUGGCAAGUCAUCCCUUCUCAAUGCACUGUUCGGAAUACAUAAAGUUCGAGCAUCACGGACCCCCGGAAAGACAAAGCAUUUUCAAACUCUUUUCUGGAGCCCUGAUGUCCGUCUCGUUGAUUGCCCAGGGCUUGUGAUGCCCGCCUUCACACCGAUGGACACUCAGGUUCUCUGCGGAAUAUUACCCAUAUCCCGUGUCUCCGCCAUCCCAUUUUGCAUCCACCAAAUUGGGCAACUUCUCCCUCUCGAGACUAUCCUGGGUCUCACACACCCUUCAACGAACAGCGCACCCGUUGAGGACAAGCGCACCUGGCGCGAUGGUAAACAACCUUCAGCGAAGGACAAGAUGCACUGGACAGCGACGGAGAUCAUGACCGCAUAUGCGAACAAAAAAGGCUGGGUUACUGCAAAGGCAGGCAGGCCAGAUAUCCACCGUGCAGGCAACGCCAUACUGAGACUCGUCGCGGAGGGCAGGAUAGCGUGGGCUUUCUGGCCUCCGGGAACCGACUUAGCGACUGUUAGAUCCAGUGGGGGCAACGGAAUCUGGCUCAUUCGCAAUGCAGACCAGCACGCCCAAGAAUUAGAUGAAGAUGAUGAGGGAGGAUCAGGCUAUGAAACUGACGAGGUCGAAAGUCCUGAUGAAGGCAGUGAAGAUAGCGAUGAAGAUAAACAUGCGACCGACGAAGAAGAAUACCAGGAUGCGGACUUCAAGCCUGUUACUGUUGGUCGCUUCGGUGUGCUAGCGAUAGAUGAUUGAUUGAAGGUUGUUUAUCACACUGCAAUCAACUAUCCUACCAGCACUGCAACAACGUUGCAAUUGAUGAUCAACAGUGGCACCAUCACCCUUCAAACUAUCAGUGAAGUAAUUUGGCUAAAUUUAACGACCGGAAUGCGAUGUGCCAUCACAGCGAGCAUAUGGAGUUCUCGUAUCAUACCGAUAUUAGACAUCAACACGUUGCAGCACAUCAGGCUAUGUCAAGCUUCUAGUCUUAGAUCAAACAGCCUCUGACUUCAAUUUGAAAGUCCGUAACUUAGUGCAUAUUCGUACUCGGUCUGUCCUUGGUCUUCGGAUAUGGUAACAGUGUUGCACAAGCGUGGAUUGAACUCAAGUGUAUCCAUGUUUUCGCUACUAUAAUGCCAAGGCCCACUGUACAGGCCCUUGGCGAGUCGCGAAGGCAUUGCAACUGCGGUAUCCUGUUGUUUAGGCGCCCUGUUUACCCCUUCCACCGGCAAGCUUCUUCGACAGUAAGUCCAAC